AUACCACAGGGACCCCAUUUUUGAAUACUCCCUACUGCGAAGUUUCUUCGGUYGAAACAUCAUUUCUGCCACCCACAAUUUUUCGAUGAUAAACAAAACCCAGACUACUGAAUCAAAAGGUAGUGUGGAAAAGGUUGAAUCAGUUGAUUCAAGCGAACUCCCGGGCGCUGUUCCUCGAAGARGCAUGGAUUCGCCCACCAUUGAACACAAUCGAGAUCUCGAUGAAAUUGAUCAAGGAACUCGCGAACAAAAAGACAAAACAACUACUGAGGAAGCUUUUAAAAUCAGACAACAGCCCGAACACCCAACUCUUAAGAAAGUGAAAAUUCAGAAGAAAAAUAGCCGCUACUACUUCCAGCACCCCUAUUUCAGGAUCUUCAUCGCUUACUUUGUUAUAUUCUGCAAUUUUCUCAUCUAUGCCGAGGACCCUGUCUCUCAUAGUCUUUCCCCAUGUACUCUGCCAGUUCUAGGAAACGUGUUCUCCUUUGUUGUUAACAAGUAUCCUAAAUAUGGAGGCUGGGCUGCCCUCAAAAUCUUUAUGUGGUUAUUUGGGGUGAUAGCUGGAAUGUUGAUUGGGAAAUUUCUAGUUCAUAAAUUACUCUUGAAAAAAUUACUAAGACUAAGCAUGUUCCAAGAGGACAAAGGAUCAUGGAUGGUGAUGUUCCUAACAACAAUCAUUCUUCUUUUCAUCUUCUCAAUCAUCUUCAAUGCAUUUAUUGGUCUCGGCGGUGGACCACUACAGGCUUAUGUUGUUACAAAUCACCUCCACAUUGUAAACAAGACCUUCAUGAAGGCUGCUGGGAUGGGUACUUGGAUGGGAGACUUUGUGACGGCAUGGAUGGUUACCGAUAUGAUGUUACAGGACAAACUGUAUCCUCAUUGGAACAAGAGGCUGCGCAAAUGGUGGCAGACCGGAUGGAAUCGCAUAAUCAUGUUCUGGUCUGUGCUUGUGGUCACUACAGUGAUUGUCGCCACUGCCAUAACCACUGAUUAUAUUAACUGGGACAAACUUAACAGGGAUUUUGUUACUACUAACGAGUUGUCRAGAGCAUUUUUGGCAUCGUUCAUUUUAAUCUGUGAUCUUGCCAUUGUUAUGCAGGACUGGGAGUUUCCUCUCUUCCGAGGCUCACUYGACGUCAAGUUACCUGGUGUUAACGUUGUUUCCAUCAACUUCACCUUGCCUCGGUUCUUAAAGAAAGAAAACUGGGCUGUUCACAUUACUGGUAAAUGGUUUAACUAUGGUAUWAUCAUGCUUGUCAUAAUCCUUGAUUUAAAUAUGUGGAAGAACCAAAUCUUCUACUCUCCUUACACGUUUGGGCAAUACACAGGUCCUGAAGGGCACAUAUAUUCAAUAUUAGAUAAAGAGUUUCUGGCGAAAGCUAACAAAACGAUGGUCUCUCAAAAAUGGCGUCAAAAUCAUUUUAUACCCUCGACAAACGAAACUCUGGCAUCUUURGACCAAAAAAUGAACUCCAAGUAYUUAGGUUUUAGUUUGGCUGUGAAAAGUAUUGCAUUUGUUCCAUCCAUCGCUGUUUUYAUUACUUUUGGUGCUUUGAUCUGGUUUUAUGGMAGAGAGGAAUUCGUGGUUGAGACAGUAGUAGUGGAUGGGGCSCCUGURCAAGGUAUUAUUAUAGAGUCGGAGGUUGUCACUGAUGAAGCUCAAGUAAGGAAAGARCUMGGKUUUGAUGAACCUGAUAGAACGCUGAAYAYUCAUGAGAAAUGUGAGAUCCCUGAAGACGUUUCRUCAGUACGGCUUAUGAGAGUAUCUGCUGUAUAGCGAUCCUUAUAAGGRAUUAACAAUUACCUUAUAUGGACAUUAGUUUCCAUAUUUGGACAUCGGUUUCCGUAUUUGGAAACAGUCUCAAUGAUCGAACAUCAGUCUCUAUCUUAGCCUGAGUAUCAGGCUCUCUCGAAGGGGAUUGGGGUUGGCUAUCUCUAUCUAUAUUUGAAAAUAAGUUCUGGAAUGCUAGUAAUCGAGGUCGGGCAUGUUUGCAAUAAGGAUCUGGCAUGUUUUGAACUCAAUUAGUUGCCAUGGUUGCUGUGUUUGGAAAUGGAUUUCCAUAUUUGGAAAUUAUUUUCUUUAUUAGGAAUUAUUUUCCAGGAACACUGAAGUUGCUCAUAAAAAUAAGACAGUAAAACCAUUUAGAGACUGUAACUUUGCUGUUUCUGGUGCCGUUUGUAAAAUUUGUACAGAUAAGUCUCCUUCACGGUUAACUGCGCCAUCUUGAAAGGUACCGUUUCUUUGCAUCGAAGCGAGACAACCGUUGAGCGUGCAAUGGUAGAUACCUGAGAAUAAUUGUCUGUAGGUGUGAAAGAAGGUUUCUAUCAUUGCACGCUCAAAGAUCGUCUCGCUACGACACUAUUCUAAUAAACUGUAGGAGUUGUUUAUAUUUGAAAAACCGCCCCCCAAAAUAUUGUCAUGAUAGCUUGAUGUAAAUUAAAGUAAGUUGAACUUCUAUUGAAAAUGAAUAAUCGUGUUUUGAAAUAUUCAAUGAACAAUAUUUUUAGAGGACUUAAUUUCAAAUUACGUAACUAAAACAAUAUACUUAGUUUCUUGGCAAAAUAUUAAAAUGCUUAGAGUAGAUUACCGUGUGCUUGUUGAUGAAAAAUAUAAAUAACGAAAAGAAGAUUAAACAACUAUGUAACUAUGCCUGCGUACAAAGAAAUUCUAAACUAUGUAACUGUUAUAAUCUUGGCAAUCUUUCUCAUUCUGAACGAGAUGGAUGAGAUCCAAACGAUUUGCACCUGCUUGCCAAAAUGAGUAUUAAAAUUAUAAAUAAUUAUUCCAAGUCUGAGUAAUAUAAUCUUGUUCAAUUA